AAAGCCCAAACACCUUCAGUCUAAGGGCUGGGGCUGAGGGAGAGAGGAGCAGGAGGGCCCAGUUUGGCUCUAAAGAAAAAACAGUACCGUUUUGCACUUAUGGCUUUGUUGUAGUAACUGAAAUUACCAACAACAACUCUGUCCUUUUUCUGUAUUUGUGGAAGGAAAAGGACCUACAUUUUGUACUGAAAAGUCGCCCGUUUUUUUUUCUUUAGGAGCUUUGAGUAGCUGAGUGAGUGACAAUGGAGAUGAAAAGAUGGUCCACAAGGUGGAAAACGAAAAGGUGGCUGUGGGACCCCACUCUAACCACCAUCGUCACUAUCACUUUCCUUCUGCAAGCCGUCAAUGUUAAAGCAGCUGACCCAGUGGAUGUACUCAAGGCUCUGGACUUCCACAGCUCUCCGGAUGGCGUCCGUAAAGUCACGGGCUUCUGCUCUCACCGGAGAGGAUCUAAACCUGACAUAGCCUUCCGCGUGGGGAAGCAGGCCCAGAUCAGCGCUCCCAGCAUGCAACUCUUUCCAGGAGGAGUGUUCCCAGAGGACUUCUCAGUGAUGUUCACCAUCAAGCCCAAGGCAGGCAGACAGUCUUUCCUGCUGUCUGUGUAUAACGAGCAGGGGGUCCAGCAGCUGGGUGUGGAGGUGGGACGCUCUCCUGUCUUCCUGUACGAAGACCAACAUGGGAAACCUUCCCCAGAGGAUUACCCACUGUUCAGAUCCAUCAACCUCGCUGACGGCAAAUGGCAUCGCGUGGCCAUCAGUGUGGAGAAGAAGAGUGUGACCAUCAUUGUGGAUUGUAAGAAGAAGCUGAGCAGGCCGCUGAAGAGGAGCGACGGGGCGGCCAUCAACACUGACGGCAUCACCGUGUUCGGAACCAGGAUUCUGGACGAAGAGGUCUUUGAGGGUGACAUCCAGCAGCUGCUGAUUGUGGCCGACCCGCGGGCAGCGUACGACUACUGUGAACACUACAGCCCCGACUGUGAAACGCCUCACCAGGAGCAGCCACAGGCACAGGAACCAGAGGAUGAGUACAAUUCAUACGACCUAGAGUACAGUGAGGUCUAUGACUACAGUGAAGGAGGAGUGGCCACUGAAACUGCCCCAACCGAAGGAGCACCUGCACCUGAGGCAGUUGCUGUGGAUGCAGAUGCUGUGGAUGGAGAAUACACAGCCUACGACUACGGCACGGUGGACAGCGCUCAACCGGCUGAGAACCCUACAGACUCAACCGCUCCAAUCCUGAACUAUGACGAGGAAAUAGUUGAUGAUUACAUCACAGGCGUGGAGAAGGUUGGCGCCGACCCUACCACUGCCGCAGAAACCGGUUCAGACACCAAAGGUCCCGACCCCGGCGAGAACUCGUACGAUUUUAAGGAGUAUGAUCUGAAGGAAUACGGUGACACUAAGGAGAUCGAUAUGAAACAGACGUACGAGUAUGGGGAUUAUGGAGACUAUGGCACUGGCGAGGCCAAACCCACCACCUCUGUCUCGGCCUAUGAGGAUGAGUUUGGGCCCGGCAUACCCGCUGAGACCGAGACAGAGUCUAGUAUGGGAGGAGGAGGAUAUGGUGGUGAGAAGGGAGAGAAAGGAGAACCCGCCAUCGUUGAACCUGGGAUGCUGAUUGAAGGACCCCAAGGAGCCCCCGGCCAAGCUGGCCUCCCCGGCUCCCCAGGCUCACAGGGUUCCCCUGGCCCACACGGAGAUCACGGUGACAGGGGUCCUCCAGGGCGGGCUGGUAUUCCUGGUUCGGAUGGAGUUCCUGGUCCUCCAGGUACCAUCCUGAUGCUGCCAUUCCGUGCUGGUGGAGAGGCACAUAAAGGACCAGUGGUCUCAGCUCAGGAGGCCCAAGCCCAGGCCAUCCUUUCCCAAGCCAGGCUCACCAUGAGGGGUACCCCUGGGCCAAUGGGAAUGUCAGGAAGAUCUGGGCCUGCGGGUGGACCAGGAGCUAACGGACUGAAGGGAGAUGGAGGAGACAAUGGACCUCAGGGUCCCAGAGGUCUGCAGGGUCCAACUGGCCCACCUGGGAAGGCAGGAAAGAGGGGCCGUAAUGGAGCUGAUGGUUCUAGGGGUAUGCCAGGAGAGUCGGGGGGUAAGGGGGACCGAGGAUUCGAUGGGUUACCAGGUCUCCCCGGAGAGAAGGGACACAGGGGUGAGCUGGGUUCCAUCGGCUCUCCAGGUGCUCCAGGAGAGGAUGGGCAGAGAGGCGAGGACGGUGAGAUCGGACAACGUGGUCUGGCAGGAGAGAGCGGACCUAGAGGUCUGCUUGGCCCUAGGGGAUCACCAGGGACUGGUGGACAACGUGGUCUCGCUGGACUGGAUGGCCAAGCUGGUCCCAAAGGAAACCAGGGCACACAAGGAGAGUCGGGGCCUGCCGGACAGCAGGGGAUCCCUGGAUCACAAGGUCUUGUUGGUCCUCAAGGCCCGAUCGGACCGCCUGGUGACAAAGGACCGUCAGGUCGUCAGGGAUUGGCUGGUCUGGCUGGUGCCGACGGUCCUCCCGGUCACCCAGGGAAGGAGGGUCCUCCGGGAAUGAAAGGAGGCGUCGGUCAUCCUGGUCCUCUGGGUUCUCUUGGCUACCCUGGCCCUCGCGGUGUCAAGGGCGCUGAGGGCGUCAGAGGUCUUAAAGGCGGUGGAGGAGAAAAGGGAGAGGAUGGUUUUCCAGGCUUCAAGGGUGACAUGGGCAUCAAGGGAGACAAGGGAGAGCUCGGUGUCCUAGGAACCAGAGGUGAAGAUGGACCUGAAGGCCCCAAAGGUCGUUCUGGCCCCAACGGAGAGGUUGGCCCCAUCGGGUCGGCUGGAGAGAAGGGUAAACUUGGUGUCCCCGGGUUACCCGGUUACCCAGGAAGACAAGGACCUAAGGGCUCCAGUGGCUUCCCUGGAUUCCUCGGCUCCAACGGAGAGAAAGGAGGAAGGGGUAUCGCUGGUAAAUCUGGACCCAGAGGACAACGUGGCCCAACGGGUCCCCGUGGUGGAAGAGGUGCCAGAGGACCAACUGGAAAACCAGGUGCUAAGGGAACAUCAGGCAACGAUGGACCUCCCGGUGGACCAGGAGAGAGAGGACCUCAAGGACCCCAGGGGCCAGUCGGCUUCCCAGGUCCUAAGGGCCCAAACGGGCCCCCUGGUAAAGACGGAAUGCCUGGUCACCCUGGGCAGAGAGGAGAGACAGGUUUCCAGGGAAAGACUGGCCCACCUGGGCCUGGAGGGGUUGUAGGACCUCAGGGACCAACGGGAGAGACCGGCGGCAUCGGAGAGAGAGGACACCCUGGUUCCCCUGGACCCCCCGGAGAGCAAGGUUUACCUGGAUCUGCUGGGAAAGAAGGAGGAAAGCCAAAAGCCUUGCCAGCCUCUGGCCAGCAGCAGCACGAAUCAGAUGGUACCUCUACCACUAGUACUGCUGGUGUCACCACCAUGACGGCUAGGAGUUACGACCGUGUGGUUGGGACCAGGAGUUACGACCGUGUGGCUGGGACCAGGAGUUACGACCAUGUGGCUGGGACUAGGAGUUACGACCGUGUGGCUGGGACCAGGAGUUACGACCGUGUGGCUGGGACUAGGAGUUACGACAGUGUGGUUGGGACUAGGAGUUACGACCGUGUGGCUGGGACUAGGAGUUACGACCGUGUGGCUGGGACUAGGAGUUACGACCGUGUGGCUCGGACUAAGAGUUACGACAGUGUGGCUGGGACCCAGAGUUACGACCGUGUGGCUGGGACUAGGAGUUACGACCGUGUGGUUGGGACCAGGAGUUACGACCGUGUGGCUGGGACCCGGAGUUACGACCGUGUGGCUGGGACUACGGCCGUGUGGCUGGGACCAGGAGUUACGACCAUGUGGCUGGGACCAGGAGUUACGACCAUGUGGCUGGGACUAGGAGUUACGACCGAGUUACGACCGUGUGGCUGGGACUACGGCCGUGUGGCUGGGACCAGGAGUUACGACCAUGUGGCUGGGACCAGGAGUUACGACCAUGUGGCUGGGACCAGGAGUUACGACCGUGUGGUUGGGACUAGGAGUUACGACCGUGUGGUUGGGACCAGGAGUUACGACCAUGUGGUUGGGACUAGGAGUUACGACAGUGUGGUUGGGACCAGGAGUUACGACCGUGUGGUUGGGACCAGGAGUUACGACCGUGUGGCUGGGACCAGGAGUUACGACCAUGUGGCUGGGACUAGGAGUUACGACCGUGUGGCUGGGACCAGGAGUUACGACCGUGUGGCUGGGACUAGGAGUUACGACAGUGUGGUUGGGACUAGGAGUUACGACCGUGUGGCUGGGACUAGGAGUUACGACCGUGUGGCUGGGACUAGGAGUUACGACCGUGUGGCUGGGACUAGGAGUUACGACCGUGUGGCUGGGACUAGGAGUUACGACAGUGUGGCUGGGACCCAGAGUUACGACCGUGUGGCUGGGACUAGGAGUUACGACCGUGUGGUUGGGACCAGGAGUUACGACCGUGUGGCUGGGACCCGGAGUUACGACCGUGUGGCUGGGACUACGGCCGUGUGGCUGGGACCAGGAGUUACGACCAUGUGGCUGGGACCAGGAGUUACGACCAUGUGGCUGGGACUAGGAGUUACGACCGAGUUACGACCGUGUGGCUGGGACUACGGCCGUGUGGCUGGGACCAGGAGUUACGACCAUGUGGCUGGGACCAGGAGUUACGACCAUGUGGCUGGGACUAGGAGUUACGACCGUGUGGCUGGGACCAGGAGUUACGACCGUGUGGUUGGGACUAGGAGUUACGACCGUGUGGUUGGGACCAGGAGUUACGACCGUGUGGUUGGGACUAGGAGUUACGACAGUGUGGUUGGGACCAGGAGUUACGACCGUGUGGUUGGGACUAGGAGUUACGACAGUGUGGCUGGGACCCGGAGUUACGACCGUGUGGCUGGGACUAGGAGUUACGACAGUGUGGUUGGGACUAGGAGUUACGACCGUGUGGCUGGGACUAGGAGUUACGACAGUGUGGCUGGGACCAGGAGUUACGACCGUGUGGCUGGGACUAGGAGUUACGACAGUGGUCCAGCUGGUUUGAAGGGAGGCGAAGGACCACAGGGUGCCCAAGGCCCCGUCGGUUCUCCUGGAGAACGAGGUGCUGCCGGUCCUGGAGGUCCCAUCGGUCUAUCAGGACGCACUGGACCCCAGGGAGGCCCGGGUCCAGCCGGAGAGAAGGGGGGCCCGGGAGAGAAAGGUCCCAUGGGACCAGCUGGUCGUGACGGUAUUCAAGGUCCAGUUGGUCUUCCUGGCCCUGCAGGCCCCCAGGGGCCCCCAGGAGAGGACGGAGACAAGGGAGAGGUUGGUGAGCCUGGCCAGAAAGGAAGCAAAGCAGACAAGGGAGAACAGGGACCUCCUGGUCCAGGAGGUCUUCAAGGUGUCAUCGGAGCUCCUGGUCCUGCUGGUACUGAUGGUGAGUCAGGACCCAGGGGUCAGCAGGGUAUGUUUGGCCAGAAGGGAGACGAAGGAUCCAGAGGAUUCCCUGGGCUACCUGGGCCCAUUGGACUGCAGGGCCUGCCUGGUACAUCAGGAGAGAAGGGAGAGAACGGGGACGUCGGCCCAAUGGGUCCGCCUGGUCCUCCAGGUCCCAGAGGUCCCCAGGGUUCUAGCGGAGCUGACGGUGCCCAAGGCCCUCCUGGUGGAGUGGGUUCUAUGGGAGGUAAUGGAGAAAAGGGAGAGAGCGGUGAAGCCGGCAACCCGGGACCAUCAGGAGAGCCCGGUGGUGGAGGCCCCAGAGGAGAGACAGGGGAGAAGGGAGAGUCAGGACCACCUGGAGCUGCUGGACCUGCAGGGGCACGCGGACCCGGAGGAGACGACGGCCCCAAAGGCAACCCUGGUCCCGUAGGCUUCCCUGGAGACCCUGGUCCCCCUGGAGAGCCUGGAGUCGGUGGAUUGGAUGGCUUGGCUGGAGACAAGGGAGAUGACGGCGAGGCCGGUCAGCCUGGUCCAUCUGGUCCUUCUGGAGAAGCCGGGCCUCCAGGACCCCCCGGCAAGAGGGGACCCAUUGGACCAGCCGGUACUGAGGGAAGACAAGGAGAGAAGGGAUCUAAGGGUGAGGCUGGAGCCGAGGGGCCUGAUGGUCAGACUGGACCUGUCGGACCCCAGGGGCCCUCUGGUAAACCCGGACCCGAUGGCCUGCGUGGAAUCCCCGGCCCUGUUGGUGAACAAGGACUUCCGGGUGCCUCUGGAAUGGACGGACCCCCUGGACCUCUGGGACCCCCUGGUCUCGCUGGUCUGAAAGGAACUCCCGGGGGCAAAGGAGAAAAGGGUCACCCAGGUCUGAUUGGUCUGAUUGGGCCGCCUGGUGAGUUCGGAGAGAAGGGAGACAGAGGCCUGCCUGGACCCCAGGGAACUGGUGGAGGCAAAGGAGACACUGGUGUUGGUGGUCCUGCCGGUCCCCUUGGUCCUCCCGGACCUCCUGGUAUUCCUGGACCUGUGGGCUCUAAGGGGUCCAAGGGAUCGUCAGGUGGAGCUGGCCAGAAAGGAGACACUGGUGUGAUUGGACCACCCGGAGCUCCUGGUCCUCCUGGGGACAUCAUCCAGCCGCUGCCCAUCCAGCAGGCGAGCAGGAAGAACAGACGCCAGGCGGAGGACGACGGCGUGCAGGGCGACGAGGCGGGAGGCAUGGCGGACUACGGCAUGGAGACCACAGCGGACGUGGAGGACGUGUUCGGGUCCCUGAAUAACUUGAAGCAGGACAUCGAGAGGAUGAAGUUCCCCAUGGGAACACAGGACAACCCUGCCAGGACCUGUAACGACCUGCACCUCAGCCAGCCUGACUUCCCUAACGGUGAAUACUGGAUCGAUCCUAACCAGGGCUGUACUGGAGACUCCUUCAAGGUCUACUGUAACUUCACCGCUGGAGGAGAGACCUGUAUCUACCCUGACAAGAAGUCCGCAGGCGUCAGAAUAUCUAACUGGCCAAAAGAGGCUCCAGGAUCAUGGUUCAGUGAAUUCAAACGUGGAAAAAUAUUGAACUAUGUGGACAUGGAGGAGAACACCAUCCAGACGGUCCAGAUGACCUUCCUGAAGCUGCUCAGCUCAUCAGCCCGUCAGAAUUUCACCUACAUCUGCCACCAGUCGGUAGCCUGGUACGAUGCCAAGGCAGACGGCUACGACAAGGCUCUACGCUUCCUGGGCUCCAACGACGAGGAGAUGUCCUAUGAUAACAACCCCUUCAUCAAGGCCCUGUCGGACGGAUGCUCGCUGAAGUCGGGCUACUCCAAGACGGUGAUGGAGAUCAACACUCCUCGCGUCGACCAAGUGCCCAUCCUCGACGUCAUGUUUAAUGACUUUGGCGACCCCAGCCAGCGGUUCGGGUUCGAGGUGGGCCCCGUCUGCUUCAUGGGCUAGGACCUGACCAUCCCCUGAACCCCCUCUGCCCUACCCCCUAUAGAACAACACCCCCCCUCCUCCUCUUCCCUACCCCUAUAGCACAACAUGCCCCUCCCUCCUCUUCCCUACCCCCUAUAGCAUAACAUGCCCCCCUCCUCUUCCCUACCCCUAUAGCACAACAUGACCCCCCUCUGCCCUGUCAUAGAAGCAUUGUCCCAGGGGAAGACUCCUCGCCCUUGUAGGGCCAAUCACAUAAUGACUUUAACUUGUAACGAGAGGAAGUGACAUCAGGAAUAAAGGACGUUUGAUGCCGUGGGCGGACAGUGGCACACUUUCAGCAAACAGAGAGGAGGACCCACUCGCCCCAACCCUCAAAACCUCCUUUUCUCCCCCUCGUCUCCCCUCUCCUCACCCUUUACCUUGAUUAGAGGGAGGAUCCACUCACCCCACCCAAGCCCCCUUUCCACCCCUCAUCUCACCCCUCGUCCUUUCCCCUUUUCCCUCCAACCACUCUUCCUACCCUGUCUCGUCCCUUGUCCCUCCCCCAGCCCAGCCUCCUGUCUGGUAGCUCCAGUCCCCUCGUCCCUCCCCCAGCCUCCCUGUCUGGUAGCUCCAGUCUCCUCGUCCCUCCCCCAGCUUCCCUGUCUGGUAGCUCCAGUCUCCUCGUCCCUCCCCCCUCC